CUUAAAGAUGGCGGAUCAGGUAAGGGAGCUUUGAAUUUGCCAACAUCGCAGAUAAAGUGCUCCCUGCCUGUGAUGGCGAACACCAGUGGGACUCCGUUGACGGCUUGACAAUGUGAUGGGCUGCCGUGCGCCAAGCCUCGCAGCCCUAAGUUGGGAGACUGGACAGGGACAUGGUAGCGUACUGCGCGGGCAGCUCUAUGGCAGACAUCACAGAUGCUGUAGAAGCAGAUGGCGUGGGCGGCUUUAUAUCAGUUGUUGCCAGCGCUGUUUCCGAUGCUGUCCCGGGCAGCGGGGGGGGGGGGCUGUGAGAGACCUUAUGUGGCCUGGGAAGAGUGUCACUGAACUGCUCCCUGCUCUGCAGAUUAAUAUGUUCUAAACUGCCUCCGUAGUCCAUGCACUGGGGCAGGGGGAGGGAGACGGAGGAGUGGGUUGGAUAAAGAUAGGGUAAAAAAAAAUGGAUCCAAAGGAGGGAGCCAUUGACUUUGGGGGGGGGAGGAGGAGGAGGAGGCCUGCACUUUAGUUCCCACUCUCACUCAUGCUGGAUUGGCGCCCUUCCUAGAAGAGCAUGCAAUUUUUUAAGUCGAAGGGGUGGCCAUUUUGGAGGACUCACUGUGAUGCCUCGAAGACCUAUCCGCCUGAUUUCUUCUGACCUUGGUGGAGGAUUUGCUGUGAUAGCCUCGAAAAUCGCCUCUCACUUUCCGAAGGUUCCAGGGAGGCUGCAGAUGAGGCACUGGCAGAACGGUGGGCCGCUGAAGACCGCGUCUCACAGCCCGAGGGCGGGAGACGCACGGUGGACUCGGCAGCAUAUGGCAAGGGAGGCUGAAAAGCGGCCGUCGCUGGAAGGGAAGACACUUCGGGUAGCUGAUCAGCGGCCGAUAGCGCUGCUGGUGGCGCCGCAGGAGGGAAAAUGGGCAGACCUUCAAUGGCCAUUGUUGCUGCUAUCAGGUUGUGGGAGGUGGGCCCCAAAAAAAGGCCGAGAUUGACCUGGCCCUGCAUUGCUUUGCCACAGUCCUCUCGUCUUGUCAUUUCAAUGAAUGUCUGGAAUAAACUGAUGAGGUAAUAAAAAAUUCUUAACUUUACAACAAUAUUGUAAAGAAUUAUUAAUUCUUUAAUCUGAAUCCUUGUGAUUGUGAGAAUCACCCUCAUCUUCCAAGUAUUAUUAGGGCUUCAAUUGGUUUAAGUAGAUUAAUUAUGAGAGCUAAUUUUAACUAGUGAUGGCAAAUUUUUAUCAGUGGGUUGGUGAGUAAAAGGGACUCUUUAUGCUAGUACCUAAGUUGGCAUUAUGGAGAAUUGUAACUUUAUUUAAAAUCAGUUUAGUGAUGCAUUAGUUAAAAUGCUAAUUGAUGUGUUUAGAAAACCAAAGAAACUCCAUUUUUGCCCAGAAGACCUCAUUCUAACUUAAAGUAACCUGGCCCAAACUCAGGGACAUCACUGCCUCUCAUGAUUAACAUCAUUAUCUCUCUCCAGCUAAAUUGUAUCUAUGAAACUUGCUAACACAGCUAAGCUUCUCACUGCUAGAAAACAGGAUCUAACCAAAUAAGGAAUAAUCACCAGAUGAACAAUGAAUCAUUCGCAUGCGUACUAGAUACUUAGACCACCAUUUUAUUGCCACGUAUACUGUGUCUAGGGUGUCAGCACCAUUUAGAUUAUUUAUAUAUAUAUGUUAGGUGAGCCUGUAACCAAACUGUAAUUGGUUUGAGAGCAUGAGCCUACUCAUUACCUAUUGCUGACUGCAGAGCAAUAAAGCCUCAAUCCUUGUGUCAGACUGAUUGGUUAAGCGGACCCAGGAAUGAGCCCCAUCCACAUCAAUUUGGUGCUGUGGCUCGGAUGUAGACUCCUGGGUGGUUGUCCGACCCAUCAUGGAACCCGAUACCCCAGCCAGUACUCUGCCUCUUGAGCGGAAAGGGAUCUCGGGAAACCAGGAUGCGCUGUUCACCACAACACGCUGCAUCUGAGAACAGUGGGAUGCAGGGGGGAGGGAGAGUGAAUUCCAGAAAGGCGUCUCUUGUAGCUGAAUCCCAGUAGCUGAAUGAUGAGAUCCCAGAUUUGAAAUUUGAUGAAAAGAAUUUUGUUUUGCCACUCCUGCAAGUGGAAGGGAGUUCCAAAGUACCGGUUUGCAUUUCACCUGGAAGACUUCCCAGUUUAAAAGGAUCAAGCUUUGUAUGUUACUGUGAAACCCAUACCCUGUUUUCACAGCUCCUGAUGAGAGACUUGACUUGAUUAUCACAGGUUUCACCCCUCUGCAAGAUUAUGGACCAUUUUUCUGAUAACACCUUUUGCUAAAGAGGCCUGUAAAAAGGGACACUUUGAUUUGCUUCAUGAGACAUUAGGCCUUGCCCAGAAGUCUCAAUCCUAUUUCAACAAGGUUUGCAACCAACAGUGCCUUGAAUUGUCUUUCCGAGAAGGAUUGGUCCUCCCCAGAUUGAAGGAGUACCUGGAUCCAACCCUGACCCAGGAGCACUAACCAUCAGCAGCAGCAGCUACCCGAGGGGAGUCCCUAUCUGCGUUUCCAGUCCAACCCAAUGGUGACAGAAUGUCCAUCUGCUGCCCUGUCCUGUGUUCAAGGAAGAGGGCCUAAUGCAAAGUCCAUCUUCCUGCUCCUGAGUGCUGUAGCAGAGGAAUAGACAACGAAUGCCUGAAGAGUGCCUGACAGCAAACAGGCAAGCCAAUUUGUUUACUUUUCUCUGGAGUCAUAUGUGCAACAGCAUCUCCCCAAGCCUUUAGUCACUCCUGUAAAGCCCUGGAACCAUCCUACCCGGCAACUGCAUUUAAAGAUACCGUGGCCUUGGGUUUACUGAACUGCCUAGGAAGAUAAGACGCUGAAGGCUGACGCUGAAGGUUGAAAGCUGCACGCGAUGGGAGCAAAGCACAGAAAGAAAUUCUCCAAAGAUUAAAAAAAGGUGGGAAAAUGCCCCGUCCCACAUUAAACAACUUCUUGACUAAAAGGGAAGAACACCCCCACAGAAAGGAAUGAACCACUUUUCACUCAGCUUCCUCAAUCCGUUCCACUAAAUGAUAAUCAGAAGGGAAAUGUGGAGGAUGCUUUCGUGCUGCUGAAUUCCUCAGUGAACCCAGAAAUAGACAGUAUUGCCUGUCGAUCUAGACAUCGUCCUAUGCUCAGAUAUGACUGUUUGGGCUGCAGCCAUCUUGGAGUGGAUUGCCAAAUGCGUCUUAUAACUCAGCUUAUUCCUCUGAUGCCAUGUCCAGAGUCUUCCCACCGGGAUAUGCUUCUGUGCGAUAUGUUCAGCCAUCCUGGUGAUUUAGUCACACAUGAGCCUUCUCUUCCUACAGGCUCGAAACAUAGUGUUUCUGGUUGUAAUUGUGUAAAUUGGAGUUUUAUUAGUUGGAUUAUAGCGGAGUGGGCUGGGAAAAGAUGUAACCUAGCAUUUUUAUCUUUUUUACAAAAGUAGGAUGUGUUACUGCUGCAGGAAACAUGGUCUAAGGAAGAUUUAAAUAUCAACGGCUAUGUGAUUUAUAAAUUGUUGCCCACUCUGACUCCAAUAGGGGAAGACUCAAAGGGGGCUUGACUUGCUGUGUUUUGCUUUCCUUAGAAGAGGACUCUCUAUGGUUGCUUGACUUUUUUCCUUUUGCAAUGGCUGUUCUCAUUAAAACCCCAUGUGAGGACAUAUUGUUAAUUAAUGUUUGCAUCCCUCCCCCCCCCCCCCCCAGUUCCUCUUAUGGCCCUAUGGCUGCCAUUUAUCAACUGGACUCUUAUAUCCUGGAAACUAGUUUGAAGAUCCCGUGCGCUGAGAUUCUGCUCUCGGGUGAUUUCAAUGCAAGAUGUGGCCCAGAUAAUAAUGCAGUAAUCGCCUCCCAUUUGUGGAGUGGGGGUGAUAACUCAGAUGGUUCCUUUACUCAUAUUUGCUUAUCUAAAGAUAGAGUCCUUAAUAAGGCAGGGGCUAAAUUGUUACAUCUUGCUAGAUCUUUUGAUCUGAUUCCUUUAAAUGGUACUGUCCCCCCUGUCAUCCCAGGUGAAUUUACAUAUUUAUCCUCUUGUGGCAGCAGUGUGGUGGACUAUAUUUUGGUUUCUCCCCUGCUGUUUAAUUGGGUCGUACUGUUUGAAGUGGGCGAUCAAGCUUUUAGAGAUCACCUGCCCCUUCUUUUUUGCCUUGAUAUACCACAAGCUAGAAAAGAUUGUUUUAUUUCUAGCUCAGUUGAAUCCUUCCCUACUAAAAUGGGAUGGAAGGUAAAAUGGUCACCUGAUGUGGAAAGGGCAUUGAAUACCCUGUAUUCUUCUGCAGUUGGCAUUGAGUUAUAUAACUGUGUUGUGCAGGCCCCGUCGGGAGCGCUAGCAAUCUCCUGUUAUGAGAAGCUUGAGGCUGAGGUUUCGCAAAAGAUCCAGACUACAGGUCAACUGCACUCUUUUAAGAGAGGUAGGAUGAAUGACUCUAAUGAGCGGUUUGACUCCCAGUGCAGGGAUCUGUUUCCCAGGCUGAGGGGCAUAUAUAGGGAAUACAGAGCUGGUUCCAACCAAGUGCUCCCUCCAGAAUAUUUCACAACUAAGAAAGCUUAUAAAAUAUGUGUGAGGUCUGCCAAGUCCCAGGCACAGAAAAACAUCUGGAGGAGAUUAAUUUUGGCCACUCAUAAUAAGGAUAGUGGUGCCUUCUGGCACAUUAUUUCAGGUUCUACAUAUCCUAGAGUGCUUUCUGUGGUUCCCACACCCGCUUGGGUAGCCCACUUUCAUGCUCCCUUUAAUGGAGCUUUGGCCUCUUUGGGUAAUGAUCCCUCCACCCCUGAGAAGUUGCCCUUGUGGCCACCUCUUACACUGGAUGAUAUAGUUAAUCUAGUUAGAGGUCUAAAGAAAAGGAAAGCGCCUGGUUCUGAUCUCAUUUUCCCUGUAGACAGUAUUAGGUAACCUUGAUUGGUGGGCUCAUGUCCUAGCCAGUUUGUUUACCUCGAUUAAUAACAGGUGUUAUUCCCUCUUCCUGGAGUGAGGCCAUUGUGGUCCCUAUUUAUAAACAUGGCUCCCCCUCCAUCCCUUCCAACUAUAGACCCAUUAGCUUGUUAUCGGUGAUAGGCAAACUUUACGCCCGUUAUCUUUUGGAUAAGUUGGAGGGCUGGACGCUGGAGUACCAUAUUCUAGGCCCCGAGCAGGCGGGAUUCAGGGCUGGCCACUCGACGCUAGAUCACAGUAUGGUAUUAUACCAUCUGGCAUGCAAGUACACAGGGUAAACUCUUUGUCACAUUCAUGGAUUUGUGAGCUGCUUUUGAUUCCAUACCAAGAGAGGUACUAUGGGAUAAACUUCUUUUGUUGUUUGUAGUGAAAUAUCUAUUGAUAAAAGGCUCUUAUUCCUAAUCAGACGACUUUAUGCCAAUUCCACAAUCAAAGUUAGAUAUGAUCCUUCAGGGGCCCUAACUGAGCAUAUUCCUACCACCCGAGGAGUCAGGCAAGCUUGUCUGCUGGCACCUGCAUUGUUUAAUUUAUUUAUUAAUGACCUGGUCCAGGUUUUGGGAAGGGCGGAUGCCCAUUCUCCUAAACUGGCAGAUGUAAGAGCACUGGCGUUGUUAUAUGCUGAUGACAUGGCGUUUUUAUCUCAGUCUCGGCUUGGCUUAAUGAGACUCUUGGAGGCGUUUGCCAAGUAUUGUAAUAUAAACAAACUUUCCAUUAACUUUGAUAAAUCAAAGGUUUUGGUAUCUCGAAUUCUAGGAAAGUUUAUAAAUGGAGGAUCAACCAGACCAGUAUAGAACAAGUCACCAAGUUCAAAUACCUUCGGAUCUAUUUCCAAUCCAACUUGAACUGGAAAUUGCAGCAGUUACACUUUCUCUCCCUGGCACGUAACACACUAUAUGCCUUUUUGCGCUUUUUUAAUGGAAAAGGCGGCCAAUUUAUACCUAUGGCUUUGCGAGUGUUUCGAGCCAAGAUUGUGGCUCAAAUGCUCUUCAGAGUCGCUAUCUGGAUCCAAGGGGUACAUCCAGAUAUCGAAUUGAUCCAGUCUAGAUUCCUUAGAGCCAUUUUCAGAGUUCCCAAAUGUGUAUCUUCCGCUGCUUUAUGUUUGGAGACCGGCUCUUAUCCGAUCUCCUGUUUAGCUUGGGAGGCCUCAUUCACACGCUGGCUCAAACUCUGUUUGGGACCCUGAGGGACCUUCAUAUGUUCAACAUAUGUGGACAGACACCUUCCCUAAUCCAUGGUUGUCUGUUGUCACCAACAAAUUGUUGGGCAUGGGGCUUUCCCCCUCUCACAUUUUCUCCUUGGGUUUUGUAAAGGCGAAGGCUAUUGCCAUUCAGCACCUAAAGGAUAUUGAGUACCAACACCUACUUGACCUUGGAAACAAAUAUGGUUCCCCUUUGUACCUUGGCAUUUCCCCUCCAGCUGGAAAACAGGCUGCUAGUUAUCUAACCAUUCUUCAUUUUGUUAAAUUUAGGCCAGCCUUUGCUAGGGCUAGGCUGAAUGUAUUACCUUCAGCCUUGCUUCAAAAGAGGUCCUCUACAGAACCCCCUGUUUCCGGGUUGUGUCUAUGUGGGGAGGGUAGUUUGGAAACAGUCACUCAUAUUCCUUUAUACUGUUCCCUUUAUCGUGAUUCUAGGAAUGAAUUACUGCAUCUAUGACUAGAGCAAUUCCUUGGUAGGUCUGAUCCUUUUUAUCUUAAUUGUUGUUUAGCUGAUACCAAUGAUGAAGUCACCAAAGUGUUAGCCAAAUUUAUUUAUGGGGCGAUGAGACAGACAUCCCGCCACAGACUUUUAUAAGUUUGAUCUUAUGGUAGUUUUAGUCUUACCUGUAUGUAUUGUUAUAUUUAUUCUGCUUAUUGUAAUUCUGAAUGGCUGUGUUAUUGUCACUUUUGUUUUUGUUUGGCCUAUGGCUGCAAUAAAAGAACUACUACUACUACUA